CAUUUUCACCUUGGAACAAAAGCAGCUGUAACUGAAAAUAAUGGUUUGAAUGGCUAUUUUCCUUCUGAAUCGAUCGGUUGUUCAUCGGUCGCCGUAGCGCACCCGUGUCCUGCCAUGGAGGCCAACUCCUUGUGCCUGGUGGACAGUGAACUGUCCUCGCUCUUGGAUGCACCGCUUCAGCCGCUCCUGCGCCACAUCAACGCGCACUGCAAUGUUCUUCGAGAGCUGGCCGGCUUGGAGCGAGUGGUGAACCUGGUGUCGCUGGAUGUUUCAGCUAAUCAGCUUGUUUCCAUGCGUGGACUUGAGUGCUUGAGGCAGCUGAAGGUCCUCAACAUCUCUUGCAAUCGGCUGGAAGCGUUGGAAAGUCUCGAACAUCUUGCGUCACUUCAAUGGCUCGAUGCCUCGCACAAUGCCAUCGCUGACAUCUCGAAUGUGUCCGCCCUGGGCCGCAGUGCUCGCCUGGAAACGGUGAUCCUGCACGGCAACCGACUUCACUCCUGUCAGAACCUGAUUGCCCACCUGUCCAGCAUACAGCACUCGCUCAAGCACCUCUCCCUGUGGACCGACCGGACAGACAGAUCAGUGGCUGCCAGUAUUCCAGAUGGUAAGCCAUUGUGUUCUAUAAGUGAUUUUUAUAGCAAAAAUUACAGAGC